CAGGGACGGGGAGGAAGGAGCCCGCCACGGUAGUAAGGAGAAAUGGUGCUUCGUUGGUUGUGGAGGAGGAAGAGGAAGGGGAGCGGCAACCAGAUGAGUUGGUGGGUGCGACAGAUGGAUAGAGACAUAUGGGUUGGUGGGGAUACUCGAAGUUUCCGGACUUUGCCCUCCGUCCUUCUCUUCUUGCCUAGAUUUCUCUAAUCUUUCCCAAAUCCGGAUCCGUUGCUGUUUCUCGCCCUCGCUAAUUGCUUCACACUCUCGAUCUGCUACUCCCCCAACAGAAUCCCCUCUUUUCUCUAGGGACCCACGAACCAAAGAUCCCCAAAUCCUCUCCCUCUUCUUGCUGUUGUGUGGAUGAUUGACCAGCUGUGCUCUCCGAUUCCGCUGGAUGUAAGCUCUCAAAAUCCUAGCCUGCUGUUGAAGCAUCAAUACAGAUCAACUGUUUAUGCCCUUGCCUAGCACAUCCACUCCUCAAAGGCGCUUGAAGGCAUUGGGGGAAUAGAAUAGGUAGCUGGACCUUGAGGGAACGGAGCCAGUUCUGUAGGCGACAUGAGGGCCCUGGGAUGGAAUUGCCAAGGUAUGGGAAGGAAUCUUGGCAGUGAGAAGAUGGCCUUUCUUGCCAGGAUGAUCCAUUCUGCGAAACCUCAGAUAAUUUUUGUUUCUGAAAUUAAAUCGACAAAGGUAAAAUCUUCUGAUCUAUCUGCCAGAUUCAACAUGAAUGACGCUUUAGUGGUUCCCUCCCAAUGUCGCUCGGGUGGGCUUUGGCUAAUGUGGAAUGAUGAUCUGCAAGUUCAUGUUCAUAGUGCUAGCUUCCAUGUUAUCUUAGCUACUGCUGUACAUAGUACUAGCAAUCUGAAGUUUGGCUUAGUGUGUAUCUAUGGUGAUCCGUAUCAUCGUCAAACUUGUCAAAUCUGGAGUGAGGUGGUUGCUUUUGCGUAUAAUAACUCCAGUUUACCCAUGCUAUGUAUAGGGGAUAUGAAUGAGCUUUUGUAUGAUAUGGAUACAAACUCCCCUAAUAUAAAUCGCUCUCGCAUGUAUGGUUUUCGUGCUUUAGUGAAACAAUGCGGUCUCUUUGAUUUGGGUUUCAGUGGUCCGGCAUACACUUGGACAAAUAAAAGAUUUGCCUCUAAACCCACUUUUGAAAGAUUGGACAGAUGCUUGGUAAAUGCUGAAUGGUGUGCUGCUAAUCCUAUUUCUAAUGUUUACAACAUGCCUAUUAUCCACAAUCUGAGUGAUCAUGCUGCAAUCUUGCUGUCCACAGAAGGUCGCACUUGUAAUAUAAAAUGCUCUUUUAAGUUUAAAAAUUGGUGGCUUAGAGAACAAGAUUUCUUAAACCAUGCAAGAUCAGUUUGGCUUUCUUCAAAAAAUAAAUCCUUCUCAAAUAGAAUUAACCAUCUUGCAGGCUCUCUGAAGAUAUGGUGUAAGAAAAAGAAGCCACUGAAUCAGGAACUAAAUAAUUUAGAGGAGUAGAUCAAGCAAAUUCAAAUGAAACCGUUUCAAGACCAAGACCAUGCUUUGGAGGCAUCAUUAGUUGAAAGGUAUGAGCAAACAAUGACAAAACUAACGGAUUCCUACAUGCAGAGAGCGAAAAAACAGUCAAUCAAAGAUGGAGACAGGAACACUUUCUUCUUCCAUUGUGCUAUCAUCAAAAGAAGAAGAAGGAAGACCACUGCUUCAGUCAAAGAUGAAAAUGAUGUUAUACAGCACAUGCCAGACAAAAUCAACACAAGACUACACAUAUUCUAUUCCAGAUGAAGAGGAGAUUUUGGACACUCUCAAGGGUAUGAAAAGAAACGCAUCGCCAGUGCCUGAUGGAUUUAAUGUAGAAUUCUACAUUGCAACCUAGGUGUGGAUCGGGCAAGAUGUCGUGCGGCUGGUAAGGAAUUUCUUCCAAACAGGUAUAAUGCCAGCACAUAUAAAUGAUACCCACAUUGUUCUGAUUCCUAAAAAGCUUGUUCCUUUAGUGCCGGCAGAUUAUAGGCCCAUUAGUCUUUGCAAUGUCAUCUACAAAAUUAUUGCAAACUGCCUUGCCAAUAGACUGAAACCUCACUUGCCGGACUAUGUUCAUCCUUCUUAGCAAGCUUUCAUUGAGGGUAGGCGUAUUAGCAGUAACAUCAUCAUAGCGCAAGAGAUAACACAUUCUUUUGCUCUUUCUUCUUGGAAGUAUAAAGCCUUUAUGCUCAAAAUAGAUCUUGCCAAAGCUUUUGAUAGACUCGAGUGGAAUUUCAUUGUUGCUGCUCUUGCUCGUAAAGGGCUGCACGCUCAUUUUAUUAAUUUAGUCCACUCGUGUUCGCCGACUUUUUCUGUUGUCAUUAGUGGUCAACCGUUUGCGAGAUUCAGAGGAGAUAGAGGUGUUCGGCAAGGUUGUCCCCUGUCCCCAUACCUUUUUGUCCUAGCAAUCAAUGAACUUUCAAUUGCUCUACAAGAGGCCAUGGCAGCUAACUGUUUUGAAGGUAUAACUCUGGGACCAAAUUGCCCUGCUACCCACUCUCUCCUUUUUGCAGAUGAUCUACUUGUUUGUGGAAAGGCUACAGUACAAGAGCAACUAGAAUGAAGUAGAUCUUGCAUGAUUUCUGCAUACGCUCGGGCCAGACUCCAAAUUGGAGUAAAUCCGGGAUAAUCUUCAGUAAACAUGUUCAUCCUAAAGAAUGUCAAUUAAUCAAUCAGAUUUUGCCGGUGCCAACCAUUGACAACAACUUCAUUCAUCUUGGGCAUCCUCUCAUCCUCCCGGGUAAGGAUAGAACAAUAGCCUACAACUUCGUGCUUGAUAAAUUCAAAUCCAAGCUCACAACAUACAAGGCCGAUAAACUUUCUCAUGCUGCAAAGCUUGAGCUCAUCAAAUCUGUUUUCUCCUCCAUUCCAAUUUACUAUAUGUCCAACAUACUUUUCACCAAAAAGUUUAUUGCCAAGCUCACUUCUGUUAUUAGGAACUUCUGGUGGACUGGUAUAAGAGAAGAAGAAAAUUCUAGGAGCCUCUGCUUGAGAGCUUGGAAAGACAUUUGUACUCCAAAAAUGAGGGCGGGCUUGGUAUAAGAAAUCUCCAAGCAAUGAAUCAGAGCCUCAUUCUUAUGGCAGCUUGGAGGAUUGCUGAUCAACCAAAUGAUUUCUUACAUGCUGUACUCAAAUCCAAAUACUUCCCAGACUCUUCCAUUUGGCGCCCAAAUUCAAAUGCUCCCAAAUCAGCCUUUUGGGCCUUCAUUAUCAAGGUUCUUCCCAUUCUUAAAGCUCACUGCUUUUACCAAAUCACCCAAGGCUGCAUCUCAAUUUGGAGUACACCAUGGUGCCAAAAUUGGACCCACAUCUAUGAAGCACUCAUAAUUCAACCUGGAGUUUUUUCUUACCCAACCCAAGUUAAGGAUCUUUGGAUUCCAAAUCAGAAAGCAUGGGACAAUCAGCUAAUUCACACACUGUUCCAACAGCCCAUGGCUUCCAUUAUCAAGAGCACAGACAUUAUUCAAUCUCAAGAGAAAGACAUCCUCUGUUGGAAAUUAAUGCCGUCGGGUAAAUGCAAUUCUAAAAGUGCAUACCGUGCAUGUCUUCAAUAUUUGUAGGAACAUGGAGAGCCAAGACCAAGACAGGUGCAUCCUCACACUAUACAGCUGCUGAAUCAAAUUUGGAAAAACAGACAAAUAACUCCACGAGUCCAGGCCUUUGGAUGGAGAUUACUAAGGAAGGCAAUGCCAACAGGGGCAAGAGCAGGGAAGUACUCUAAACACAUCAGUAAACUAUGCUCUAGAUGCGGCAUGGAAGAGGAUGAUAUUCAUUUAUUCUUUACAUGCAAUUUUGCUAGAGCCGCUUGGUUCACUGCUCCCUGGUUUAUCCGUUCUGAUAUUCUAGUUCUAAACUGUAACUCUCUCACUCAGCUUCUUAUAACGUUCCUAAAUAUGAAUCAUCCACAUGCAUCCUUGCCAAACAUCCUUACCUUUAUGUGGUGCAUAUGGAAAUCCAGGAAUGAAAAUCUUUUUGAUAGGAAGCCAGGCAGCCCACACCAAGUUCAUCACAUGGCACAAGCAAUUAGACAAAAUAUGGAGAUGUUGGACAUGCCUCAGUUGGCGCUGCAGCAACAACUAAAACCGCGCAACAACAUUACUGCUGCUUUUUCCGCUUUGUAGGUUGAUGAACAAGGAGCGCCUUCUGUUCCAGAGAAAGGGGAAACACUCAAGUCUGAUCUACAAAUUGCAGGUCCCAAGAUCUUCUCGGAUGCAGCAUGGAAAAUCAAGAAAAUUCUAGGAUCUCAAGCACAAGAGGCAAAAGGAAUAGGAGUGUAUUGUAAACUUCAGAAUUUGCAUCACAUUGAUACUGUGUUGAUACAAGCAUCCAUGCCGGUGACUCCAACUGUCUUACAAGCUGAAGCUGCAGCUCUCAACUUAGCAGGGAAGGUGGCUAGCUUACUGCAGAUCCAACAAGUCACAUUCUUAACAGACAGCUUGACACUGGCAAAAGCAGUUGUGGCCUCCUCUUUACAGAAUCCGCAGGUCCCUUGGGAGAUUAGAGUGCAAAUUUGUAGGACCUUGAGAAGAGGUGUCUAGAGGGGGGUGAUUAGACACUAAGAG